CCAUUAAUCGAUUUGAGAAUUGGGAUCGACAGUAUACGCUCUGCUCAUUCCAUCAAUUUCGAAAUUCACCGCAAAUCGCAACUGAUUUUUCCUCUUAGGUGUCGGCAUAUAUAUACUGAAUCAUCAUAUAUUUGGACAUAGAAUUUAAUUAUGUCUUCAGCUCAAGACCCUUUCUACAUUGUCAAAGAGGAGAUUCAGGGUUCUAUUGAUAAGUUGCUCUCGACGUUUAACCAAUGGGAGCGAAUGCCGUUAGAGAGUGUAGAGCAACUGCGUCUCACUAAGGAGCUUCUUUCUGGAUGCGAGACCGUUGAAUGGCAGGUGGAUGAAUUGGACAAGACAAUUGACGUUGCAGCGAGGGAUCCUGCUUGGUAUGGUAUUGAUCAAGCGGAGCUCGAUAAACGAAGAAGAUGGACUAGCAAUGCUCGUACUCAGGUGAAGAAUGUUAAGAAAACAGCGGUUAUUGGAAACGAGUCGAAUGGGACGAGCACCUCAAAUGUCAAUGGAAUGCGGCGUGAACUUAUGAGAGUGCCGAAUCCACAUCAAACUGAUAAAUCGAAUCAGUACGCUGCUGCUCAAGAGAAUGAUGAUUACAUAUCAUCUGAAUCGGACAGACAACUACUUCUGAUAAGGCAACAGGAUGAAGAGCUAGAUGAGUUGAGUGCAAGUGUCGAGAGAAUAGGAGGCGUUGGGCUCACAAUACACGAGGAGCUUCGUGCUCAGGAGAAAAUCAUGGAUGACUUGGGCAAUGAAAUGGACAGCACGUCAAAUCGUCUAGAUUUUGUUCAGAAAAAGGUUGCGAUGGUAAUGAAGAAGGCUGGUGCAAAGGGUCAAUUUAUGAUGAUCUUGUUCCUACUAGCUUUGUUUAUCAUUUUAUUUGUGCUCGUCUUCUUCACAUAGAGAGCUUCAAACUAUUAAACCGAGUUUACUUAUCGGGACCAUACUCGCUGUAAAUGAGUUUUUCUUAUCGGGAUCAUUGAAGCAUCUCCUAUUUAGUGGAUAGGAUCAAACAGUCUUACAGUACUUGAGUUUUUGUUCUUGUUGAACAAAUCAUUUGAUAGAUUCACAUUGGUUUCGUGAUUUAUCGACUACCAUCCAGUUGAGGUACUUGGAUUUUA